ACAACGAUUAUAAAUAACGACUAUUCGACAAAUUGCAUUUUAUCUUGACUCGAUGUAUUCAAUCAAGCCAAUUUUUUCUUCAAAAUAGUCAGAGGACUUUACUCAACUUGGUGACUUCUCUUGAACUAGGAUACCAUAUAUAUAUAUAUAUGGUCUUUUAGAGCAGAUUGUAACGCCUCGAAUGAUAUAUAUACAAAAUUAAGUCUAUUUAUGCAAAUUUGCUGUUUAACUCAAUUCAAUAAAAUUAUAGGUAUUCUUCAAUCUUUUCUAAUCAAUAGUUUUCAUCGAUACUUUCUUUAUAAUUAAAAAUGAUCAUUUUCAGUGGAUCUAGAGAAUUUCCUUGACUAUAUGACAUCUCAUUGUACUCAAUGUUGCAUCCAUCUUCAGACUAACAGGGACUCAUUAUCUACUUUCAAGAUUAUUUGAUGGAAUAGUCUAUUUUCAUAUAUGAUAGGAUCAGUAUAUUGGCAAUAAAUAGUAUAGUAUCUCUGAUAAAUUGAUAUAAAUAUCUCCUUCAUAAAUGAAAGCGAAACUCUUCACUAAUAUACAGAAAAAAAAACAUUCAAUCUACUCAUUGAUAUAUGUUUCAUUGAAAUAGUUUAUUAAGCAUAUUUAUCUAUAAAAUACAUCGAACUAUGAAAAAAAAGUCUAAAAAUAAGUAAAAAUUCAUAAAAACAAUUUUGUAGGCUCUAGUUGGAUGUUGUAAUUCUAUAAGAAAAUUCUAUUUGAAUCUCUCAAAUACAGUUCGAAAAUAGGCUCUUAGAGAUUUUAUUGACAAAGAAAAACACUUGAAAAUGAUGAAAAGAAUAUAAAAAUACAUUCUAUUGUAAUUCGAUUGAUAAAUAUAAAAAUAAUGUUGAAUAAAACAAAAACAAAUAUUUAAGUAAGCAAUUUUGUUAGACAACUAUUGUACUAAUCAAUGUUUUGUUGUCACUCGUUGCUGUCAUUGUUUUCAUUUUUUUUCUGUAUUUUUACCGUCAAUAUGUAUCUUUUAUUGAUGGAGACGAUUUUCAAAACUUCACACAUAUUGUCAUACUAAAUAUGUAUGUUUGACAAGAUAUUCUUUGAAAAAAUCUGGACAAUCAAAAAUCUUAUUAUGUUCCUUUUCAUAUUCUCAAAUGAAGAUGCUCGAAUUGGUCAACUGAUGUCUAGUUUUCUACUUGAUCUUUUAUUAUAUUUUCUGAGAAGUUGUUAUAUAUUAAUUAGUUAAAUUGAUAAUAUAUGUCAUUCUAUAAAGUAAUGUUCUUGUUUCAUUAUUUUAUUUGUUAUUUCUAAUGAAAUUAUUUGUACCUUUUGUUAAAAUACUCUGUUCUUGUUACUACGGAUGAUGAUGAAUAUUUAAUCAUUAUUUUUCAAAAGAUUUUUAGAACAUUUUCUUCGUUUUGUUCCCCUUUUUUGCUCCUCAAUAUUGACAAAAGAAUCGAUUUGCAAUCAUCCAGAAUUUCUUCAAUUUUAUCUUUGAUAAACUUACAUUAUCUUAAUUAAAAAUGAAUGGUUGAUAAUUAGUUUUACUCAUCAAACGAAGUCGUGCUUCCCUCCUGCUAAAUUGUAUUUCUCUUUUGACUACUUUCUUUUCUGUUGAAACUGAGGUGAGAAUUUGAGAUCAUUAAACCAGACCUUGUAUAUUUUCCGGUGUUGGAGAGGUUUUCAGUCAGGAUUUACUUUAGUAUGUGGGUGUGAAAUGGUGUGAGUGUGCAUCAAAAAAAAAUAUUCAUUCACACCGACACAUCCACACACAUUCAAAACCUCAAUGAUUAUUUUCUUAAUCAAAUAUUCUGUUCUUCAGAAACAAAACUGAUUCAAUGAUUGAAUUUCUCGACUUUGCAAAUCAUAAUGUAAGCUUUUCUGAAAUUAUUGAGAUUUCUACAGCAACAAAACGAUUAUUUUGAAUCGAAAUACGGUAAUAUGUUUAUUAAUCAUAUUCGAUAUUUGAAAAAUAGCUUGGUUAGAAAAGAAGCUGAUAGCUGAUACAUAGUUUGAAGUAUGUUUAGUUUUAAAAUAUUCUUAUCUUUCAAGAAAGUCGACGGAUAUUGGUUUGUUUCUUGGGUGUAUUCUACAAGACAAACAAUUUUAUCGAAUUUUGAGUGUGUUAGUGACAAGCAUUUUGUGACUGUUGACGAUCAUCGAUCCAACUAAUUUCAAUAAAACUGUUCUAAACGCUUUUGAUACUUAUUUCGUUAGGAAUAUAAGACAAAUAUUCACAUUGAAAAUGUCGUCUGAAUGAUAAUCGAUAUUUAUUGGUAUACAAAGUGAAAACAUCUUCGAUUAAUUAACAAUUACUCAAAAAAAAGAAGAGUAAUUUCUCCUCACAUUGAUCAGUUCCCUCAACACAUUUUGAUUUAUUUUUGCUAAGACAUGUAAAGACAAAUGUUAAAGCAUCUUGACAAUUUAAGCAUCGAAAUAACUGGAAAAAUCUAGAGAAAAAGAGAAACUUGUUCUGCUUUAGUUAAAGACAGAUGCUACAAACAGUCCAUGAGAGAUAUGUUCGUAGAAAUAAAAACUCUGUAUAUUGACUUAACAUUAACAAAAUAGUUGAAACAGUAAAAUCAAAUAGCAAAGAUGUAUAAAAAAAACUUUUAGAAAAUGAUUUUUAGAACAUCUUGUAAAACUUUUAUACAUCUUCUUGCAAAAUAAGUUUAGUUCUUAGUCAUAUCAAACCUAUGAAAAAUGGUUGACUACGUUAGCUAUAGGCAAGCUUUAUUGACAGAUUCAAUUCUGCUCGUCGAUUCUUUUGCAAGUCAUGAUCUAUUCGAGUUUGCAGUCAUUAUAGAUAGUAACGAGGGAAAAGUUAUCGAUCUGUUAGGUGCACUAGAACAUAACUAAUUGCGAAAAUAUCUUCAUACGAAAAUCCGAAAGGGUGUGGGUGGUGUGGGCGUGGGUGUGAGUGUGGGUGUGGGUGUGAGUGUGGGUGUGGGUGUGGGGUGUGGGUGUGGGUGUGGGCGUGGGUAUAGAAUAAAUGACAAAACACAUCCACACACUCACACCCACACCCCACACCCACACCCCACACCCACACCCACAUCCACACCCUUUUUCUAUCUUUCAGGGUGAAAUAACAAAUGGAAUACAAAGGAAAUUGACACAUGAUGAAGUUAUUAUGAAUGUAUUUUUAUUUUUAAUAGCCGGCUAUGAAACAACAUCGACAGCUCUAGCUUGUGCAACGUAUAUAUUGGCAUUGUAUCCACAUGAACAAAUCAAAUUACAAAAAGAAAUUGAUCAUUCACCGUUAAGUGAUAUCAACGAAUUGGAACAAUUGGAUUUAUUUAUCAAAGAAGUUCUUCGUAUGUAUCCAAUACCAAUAUCAUUUGUUAAUCGUCUUUGUCUCAAUGACACAAUUGUUUGUAACCAACAUAUUUCUAAAGGUGAUAUUAUACAACCUGAUAUCUAUUCGAUCCAUUAUAAUUCUGAACUUUGGGGUCCUCAUGAUCCAUACGAAUUUUAUCCCGAUCGUCAUCGAGACAAACAACGAUCACCAAUGGCUUUUAUGGCGUUUGGCAACGGUCCAAGGAAUUGUGUUGGAAAGAGAUUUGUUCUACUUGAAAUGAAAUUAUUUCUGGUAAACCUACUUCGGAAAUAUACUGUAAUGAAAUCACGAAAGCUCGAAUCCCAUUUCAAUAUAAGAGAAUUAACAUUGAUAACACCAGAUGACGUUUGGAUUCGACUUGAAAAGAGAACACAAACAGUAUCUAAUUCGGAAUCUUGA